CAAGUCCCCAUCAGGCAAUUUCACCACUUCCCUUGCCAUGGCACCUCACCUACUGCACCAGAUGCAGCAUUCUCCAAUCCACCCCAAAGAGCAAGGAGUGGUGGCGGAAUGCGAUCCAGCCUGCGCGUGGAAACUGCCAAUUUACGAUGCCGCCAGUGAAAUAUCCAAGAUGAAUCUAAACGACCCAGAGCUGAUGCGAGCGACCGUACCAUCCAAAGCUUUGCGUUUCUUCGGCCGGGCAUUGAGGGAGAGGAUCUUCGACCGGGAUCUAUAUCACUUGAGUUCCACCACAGAAAAGGUGAAUUGCUUUUGGAGCCAUUCAUGGCAUGCAACCGCUUGGACGAAGAUUUUAAUGCUCUUAGUCUUUUACAAUGGUCGUGCUGCCGUUGGGGCGGGGAUGUGUGCAGCCCUAUUGGGGAUGACUUUAUUUGGUUUGGGACUACUCCCAGGAUAUCCAAAGGUCUUUCCCGUGGAACGUGCAACAUAUGUCUUCGGUCCAUGGGGACUAGUUGCUGGGUGCCUUGGAACGCUCCUGGUGCUUCUUCUUUGGCAGCCCGGGUCGAAGUCGCAAGUCUUCUUGGACCGGAUUUGCAUUCAUCAGAGAGACCAAAAGCUCAAUCCAGGGCAUUGGCGGAAUUUUGAAGCAUUCGGAAAGCAUGCUGGUCCUGUUUGAGCCAACCUACACUACAAGGCUUUGGACCAUCUUCGAGAUUGCCGGUUUUCUGAAGAGUCAUGGAGAUCGUGCUGGAUUAUCUUCCUGCUUGAUCAUCCUGCCUACCUUUUUGGGUCCAACGGCGGUGGCAAUCUUUCUUUCUGCGACGAUGAUCAACAUGAGUGUAGUUUUCGACUACGGUGGACGGAUGCAGACAAUUCUUGCUGUAACAUGUGUGGUGUUCUGUGUUUGCGCCAACGGCAUUCAUUGGCUGCGCGGCUACUUCCGAUGGAUCGAUGAAUGCUGCAGUCAGCUGCAAAACUUCUCGAUGGAGAAAGCCCAUUCUCACUGCUGCAAGUCCAAUCACGUGAAUGAAGAGGGCAGCCAAAUCAUGUGUGACAGGAAGAUCAUCUCUGAGUGCAUUUGCUUGUGGUUCGGAAGCGAAGAGGCCUUUGAAUCCUGUGUGAGGUCUGAUGUGGCCACUGUUCUCAUAGAAGGUUUGCGACGGCACACGUUCACUUUCAGAUGGCUGGUGGCUGUGAGCAUGCCCACGAGUUGGGUGUGCGGAGACUUGUUGGUGGCGCGCCUCCGAGUCGGGGAGUUCUACUUCUCGGCGGUCGCAGCCAUCGUGGCUCUGGCGUGGUGGUUCGGCCUCAUCCCCUUGUGCGCCCUUUUGUGCCUCAUGGUGUCUUCGAAUCCCCGCCAGAGGAAGAAUCAAUGCAUGGACCACAUGGUCACAGUGUUGGGGGCCAGCUUGGUAGUGGCUGAUCUGCAGAGAAUACAAGCCCACACAAGCCCACACUGAUCGGCCACACCCUGAAGAGGGUGAGGAUUUUUGGUUGCUCUUCAAUUCUUGUUGCAAGACUGUGGUCCACCGGCAAGCUCGGCUCGCGUCCUCGGCUCCCACCAGUCCGAGCGCAGGUGGUGUUGGUGUUGCCUCUCUACCUCAUCCGUAUAGUGCUUGUGAACCUCAUGGGUGACGACUUGAUCGCCACUUGCUUGUGGGGCUUGCUCGUGAGUUUGGCCACCCUGCUCGCUUGGCGGGUUUGGGCCAAGUGGCAUUUGAGUCACCUGUCGAUCAGGUGAGUGAUUGUUCUAUGGGUCAAAGCAUGUCGCUGAGUCCAGACACUCAGCC